AUGGAUAACUCCGAUCGCUCAACAACCCAGGUGCAGGAUCAACUCUCUACAUUGUUCCUGUCCUCAUCCUCAUCCUCACCAUCACCAUCGACUACUUCUGAGAUGUCAAACACACAUGUUUUGACAAAGAAUAUAACUAAAGUGGACUUAGACGAAAAUGUUACUCAAUGUCGACAAACAGAUUCUUUGAAUAAAGCACUGCAUGCGUUUCAACUAUCAGAUGGGUUUGCUUUGACAAAAUUGCACGAGUUCAACUUAACUAUACCAUCAGCAAAUGAAAAACCUGACAAGAAGUUUCGAUUGGAGAGAAAAUCUUUUGCAAUAGCAUGCCGGUCGAAUUUAACGAGUAAAAUAGACUGUCUUUUCAAUAGCAUAGGAGAUGUUAAAAAUUUAUAUAUUGUAUUUUCAACAGAAGAUGCUAUCUUACAACAUAUCCAAAAGGAAUUCAACGAACUGUUAGAAUAUGUUUGUAUCUCAUGUGUUGAUCAACCAGAAAUGUGUCAACCACCUUGGAUUUACUACAUCCAGAUUCAUCUUCAGAAAAGCGUCAAUAUGCACAGACUGUUUUUUCGUGAAGUAGCAGGCAUGGAAUGUAAUUAUCGAGUCACCAAUAAUGAUAAAGAUUGGAACCACUUCUUGAAAAACGUUGGUACAUAUGUUGAAGUUGGACGGUUUCGAUCAGUCAGAUCACUGCCCAAGCACAUUAAUGUAAAUAUGUCCAAUUAUCAAUUACUUCAGUCAGGCUUCUUUCCACGGACAAAAUCUUAUCGACGACGAUUUCGCACAACAAAACCGCACAUUCCAAUUUCAAGUUUCACUACUGAUUCCACGCUCAACGAUUAUAUACGAUAUAUGAAUGAACUUUCUACAUUGCCAUCCGUGUCAGUUACCACUGCGAUGGGUGAUUAUGACACCAAUCACACUACCUUUAUGCUCACCAGUACAUUGUCCUCGUCGACAUAUGAAUUUACCACGCAAAACUCAACUCACUCUCAUGACUUAGGGAUCGGCACAAUGGCUUACCCUUCGCUCAGUCAUUAUAUUACAAAAAUACUACAUUCAAUCCUCAGUUUUAUUGUACAGCAGAGAGGAAACUUGUGGCAAUAUGCUCUCUAUUCGGCAUCCUUCUGCUUCUUCUUGUUGAUGAUGCAAAUGCUUAUCCGCCAUUUACGUGCAUGUCACAGAACUUAUUUCUCUCGUAAAAAGCAUCCCCCUCAACUACGAAUACAUUCUUCAACUUCGGAAUAUUGUAUAACACCGACCUACGCUGGAUUCCCAACAAAUGACGAUGACAUUCAACAUUAUGACAAUAGCAACCCAUGUUCAUUAGCUUCCAAUCAAAUCACCUUGGCUGGAUCAGUCAUAACAUUUCUUCCUGAUAAAGUUUAA